AGGGACCCAUUUCCUUUCUCCCACCCCUGGUCUGCUGGUUUCCCAGGAACAAUGAGCUGGCAGAGUAGCUGCAGGCCUGACUCGAGCUGGAGGUGGAGUCUGCGUGGUACCCCCCCCCCCUCCCCCAAGCUCGAGCUUAUGCUCUCUGCCGUUAAGGAAAGAAUGAUUUCUCUGUUUCAUUUUUUUCUUCUUCCUGGUAACCCUGUAAAGAACCUCUCCAGAGUCACUGACUCUUUGAAAGAUGGAAAAGUAAAUGGAAUCUGAACUAUGAUUGUGUGUGGAGGCUGGAGGAGCUUUGUUUUGGUUGCUCCCCCUCUUGAAAUGAGGGCCAAGCAUUUUCGAGCAGCCUAAAGUGACUUGAUUUUUCGUGUCUCCUGGAACUGUUCCUGCCUUGCUGCAGUCAGGAGGUGGGCUGCUUUGAAAGAGUGGCUGAAAACUUGGGAAACGAUGCCUGUCUCUGACAUCUGUGUAAGUGUGGAGACACGGGAACCGGUCCCCUGUCUCUCAGGAGGUCCCACUGGCUGGGCAUCCAGGCAAGAAGCGAAAUCCUGGCCUUAAAAUUCCGAAAGAAGCAUUUGAGCAACCUCAGACCAGUUCCACGCCUCCUCGAGACUUAGACUCCAAGGCUUGCAUUUCUAUUGGAAACCAGAAUUUUGAGGUGAAGGCAGAUGACCUGGAGCCCAUUAUGGAGCUGGGGCGAGGGGCCUACGGCGUGGUGGAGAAGAUGCGGCAUGUGCCCAGCGAGCAGAUCAUGGCGGUGAAGCGGAUCCGGGCCACUGUGAACAGCCAGGAGCAGAAAAGGCUCUUGAUGGAUUUGGACGUCUCCAUGAGGACAGUGGACUGUCCCUUCACUGUCACCUUUUAUGGCGCACUCUUCCGCGAGGGUGAUGUUUGGAUUUGCAUGGAGCUCAUGGAUACAUCGCUAGAUAAAUUCUACAAGCAAGUUAUUGAUAAAGGGCAGACAAUCCCAGAGGACAUUUUGGGGAAGAUAGCAGUAUCGAUUGUAAAAGCAUUAGAACAUUUGCACAGCAAGCUCUCUGUCAUUCAUCGAGACGUCAAGCCUUCAAAUGUGCUGAUUAACACUUUGGGCCAAGUGAAGAUGUGUGAUUUUGGAAUCAGUGGCUACUUGGUCGACUCCGUUGCAAAAACAAUUGAUGCAGGUUGCAAACCAUACAUGGCCCCUGAAAGAAUAAAUCCAGAGCUCAACCAGAAGGGAUACAGUGUGAAGUCUGACAUUUGGAGUCUAGGCAUCACCAUGAUCGAGCUGGCUAUUCUUCGGUUUCCCUAUGAUUCAUGGGGAACUCCCUUUCAGCAGCUCAAACAAGUGGUUGAAGAGCCAUCACCGCAACUCCCAGCUGACAAGUUCUCCGCAGAGUUUGUUGACUUUACCUCACAGUGCUUGAAGAAGAAUUCCAAAGAACGGCCUACCUAUCCAGAGCUUAUGCAACAUCUAUUUUUCACCCUACAUGAAUCCAAAGCAACAGAUGUGGCAUCUUUUGUAAAACUGAUCCUUGGAGACUAAAAAGCAAUGGACUUAAUUGAUUGACCCUGCUGCGGAUUGGUGGGCUUACAGGGGUGAAGCAAGUUCACUAAAGCGCCAAUAGAAAGUCAUCUUUGAGAUAAUUGAACCUUGCCUCUUUGAGGGCUUUUUCUCCCUGUUUUCUUUCCUUUUUCCCCUCCUGAGGGGGCCUUGGAAUUGAUAGUAUAGGAUGAACUCUCUCUAGAUGGAUGAAAUAUGAUAAAGGCUUAGGACUUAAAAAAAGGUGAUUAAUUAUUUAAUGAUGUGUCACGGUAAGUCCUUAAGCUUCUCACAUUUCUCCUGUUCUUUACAAAAUGAAUGCAUUGUUGGCCCUGGCAAAAACAAAAAAGGUGCUACAGUAGUGAUGAAAUUGUAAGUAGAUGUGUAGUUUAUCCCACUUAUUAUUUUAAUAUUUAUGUUUAAGUGCUUGGUUGGAAAGAUACCAUUUAUGCAAGAAGGGAGAUACAGAAGAAAAGGUUGGGUUGACAAUAUUUAUAGGGCUUUUAUUUUUUAAGUUCAAUCAUGUCUGUGGUCCAGAAGAAAUUAUUUAAUAUGCAUCUUUAAGAAUAUCAUAAAAAUCUCAAAAAAAUGGAGCUCUUCUUGUGAUGUGUCUGUUACAGUUGUAUGACAGUUUUGGCUAUGCUCCUGAACUUCAACUCCAUGCUGGGGCAACACCACAUCUCUUAACUGAAGUGUCAAAGUAUCUUGGUCCUCCCUUUUCCCCAGUUCUGAGAAACACAAGACAUAAUCACUUGUAUCAAAGCUCAAGGAGAAAAGUCUUUGGUUCCCUUGACAUUUGUAGUAUAGUAUUAGUGGAAACUGAUUUGUGGUGUGAUUUUUAUAUCUACUGACCUAUGUAUUUCUGUGUGUGUGUGUGUGUGU